AUGACGAUCCUCCACGAGUAUGCGACCAAGGUGUGGUCCUACAUCAGCCCAAGGAAGACGCAGCAAGCUCGACAGAAGCCCUUCCGGUUCAAGGUCCCCACGAUCCCAGCCAAGCCAAACUUCGAGCAGCAGCAGCAGUCACAACCGCAGCAGCUCUUGAGUCCCCCAGACCGAGAUAUGAGUCCCGAGUCGCGAAUGGAUAUCUGGCAGACCAGGAUACCUAACCCCAACAGCGACGUCGAUAUCACACUGGUCCCCAUAUCCCCUCCUGCUUCAGUCAUACAGUCUCCAGAUAGCUACGAUGGCGAUACACUCUUCAACACCUCACCAAUCUCUCCGACUUUCGAUAAGGGUGGUCACUCGGACAAGGAGGUGGACGCCAACGAUGACACAAUGGUAGUAGACGACGGCGCCUACUUCUUCACACACAACAAGAUCAGCGUCGACGAGCGACUGUUUAAGCAGCAGCAGCAAGGACUGGCGCUUCAGGACAUUGGAUGGCCCGAGGAAUCCAUCUUCUUGUUCCAGAAGAUCAAUAUGCGUGGACACGAGCCGAUCAUGCCUAUUGAGUGGUUAGACGACUUGCCCAGUCUACCUGCGGAUCUUUUCACCGACAGAUUGGACAAGCCAUUCAUCAAACCUGUCUUCGGUACACACUACCAUGCACAGCUGGCGCUAAGCUCUCUUCUUGACCUCGGUGCCUACGUCCGCGAUUCCAUAAUUACACGCGCUCCCAAGCGCCAACCCCAAUACCACGUCAAACGUGCCCUCACAAAGUACACCAAUUGGGCCAUGAAAGACGGUGCUGUCGAUCAGUCCUGGGCUGCCCUCCCACUCUUCGAAAUCAUCACCAUCAACAAAGACGUCCCCUCCACAGUCCUCGAGACCAAAACCCUCACCAAGCUUGGCCGCCUGCACAAACGCUGGCAGUCCACUCUCAGCACCCACGCGACCACCCAUUCCUUCGCCUCCUCCUCAUCGACCGCGCUCGACGUCCCCACACUCUACGGCGUCUCCGCAUCCCACACCAUCAUGGCCUUUGUCAGCUACCUCCCACCAACCAAAGAGAACCGCGAUCCCGGACUCCGCCUGGUCGCCAUGUUUGACUUUGGCAAGGAUGGCCUCGACGUGUGGAACGCGCUGGCUGCUGCCAUCUUCGUGGUGCAUUGCCGGAACAGGAUGAUGCAGCUCAGGGAGUACCUUCCGGAACCUGAGACUGUAGUUGAGGAGGAUCCUGAUGUGUGA